AUGGAGGAUAUCAAAGAAAUUGGAGACAAACAACCAGAGAUAAGCGAAUCAACUGAUCCGAGUUCGGGGACAUUUGCUGUUGAGCAUGCAAAGGUUUAUAGAGAGCUAGUUUGCACUUUAGAUAAAUUGAUAGAGCAGACAAUUCAAACCCGAAACCAAACGGACAAUGCUGAAAUGGAGGCCAAAUACAAAAAUGCUAUGAACGAGUUUGGUGAUGUCAUAAAACUUGGAACGAUACAGAAGGGAACUUCGAGUAUAAAGUUUCUCCAGUCAAUGGUUGAUCUUAGGUUAAAAAUACUUGAACAGCAUUUAAUGACAGAGCCGAUACUAGAGGCAAUUCGUAAAGGCGACACAGAAGAUGAAUCGAGACAAUUGAUACAACUCAUCAACACAAGAGAUUCAAAGAAUAUUCAAACAAUUAGGGAAAUGAAGAGAAAUACAAAACUAAGGAAGGAGCUGGGAACCACAAGACUCUACAGCAUAGACAAGCUUGAACUACUUCGAGACAAAAUGAAAUACUAUUUGAAGUUAUGUGCCGAUGUUAGACAGUUGCAAGAGAAGAGCGAUAGUAUGGUCGGUAACGUCAAGGAUUAUGAUCUAUUGAAGUCAAAGUACAAGUCCCUAGUAAGAAAAGAUCAGAUCUUAUCGCAGUUCAACGUUAACUUAGUGUCAUCAUUAUCCAACUCUGAUAUUGCGGAUGAUCACACAUUAAGGGAUAUAGUGAUGUUCUGUGGCGAUUACAGCCACUACGGAUUGUUUGAGUUGUAA